AUGUCGUCUUCUUCCCAAAUUGGUCUUUUUACAUUUGCUGCUCCCGCAGUCAAGCCUAACUUUGGAGCCUCCAUUUCUUCAAAUCAGGUGAUAGUACCUAAUCUGGGUGCAAAUACCCCACAUUCUGGUCUCGCUGCAGACACGCCAGUUUCUCUUGAUCAACGUCAAUCAGGCUCGACCAAUUACGGUGCACUUAUUGGUGGCUCCAGUGCCACAGCGGCAUCAUCCAACCAGACCAUGGCCACGCCGUCAGUUGAAGAGCCACCGUAA